AAUGGGGGAAAAAAAGUGCAAGAAAAUCUGCUCGCGACGGCGACGGAUUGCGCUCGGACAAAACCGGCGACGAGGAAACGAACCCUAGCCGCCGCCUCCUCCGGAUCCGGCCGGUGCCAUGUCGCUGCGCAACCUGGCCCGCAAGCUGAGGGUCCCUGCCACCGCCGCACUCCAGCAGGCGUCGUCCACCCGUGUGUCGCCGGCGGCGGGCCCUCGACUUCUCGCCUCCCGCUCCUCUGAGGGUUCGAGGGGCUUCGCGUCGGAGGUGGCCAAGCCCACCGGGAAGCAGAUCAAGGUUCCAGAAGCUCUGUAUGGUGGCACAGGAAAUUAUGCCAGUGCACUGUUCCUUACAGCUGCCAAAGCAAACUUGUUGGACAAUGUUGAAUCUGAGAUUAAAACUGUUGUAGAAGCAUCCAAGAAGAGCCCAAUGUUUUCUCAAUUUAUAAAGGACUUGUCAGUGCCAAAAGAAACCAGGGUGAAGGCUAUAACGGAAAUCUUCGCUGAAGCUGGUUUUUCGGAUGUCACAAAGAAUUUCUUGGCUGUCCUGGCGGACAAUGGCAGGCUGAAAUAUACUGAACGCAUUGCGGAGAGGUUUGUUGAUUUGACCAUGGCACAUAAAGGGGAGGUGAAGGUUGUAGUCAGGACAGUUAUUCCACUUCCUGAAAAGGAGGAGAAAGAACUGAAGGAGACCUUACAAGAUAUCCUAGGGAAAAACAAAACUAUUUUGGUUGAACAGAAGAUUGACUACAGCAUCAUGGGAGGACUAGUGAUUGAAUUCGGGCAGAAGGUGUUUGAUAUGUCGAUCAAGACUAGGGCGAAGCAAAUGGAGACGUUCUUGAGGCAACCCCUUGAAUUUUAACUGGCUUUUGGAUAAAAACGUCAUCAGAAUGCAGCGGUUGCUUUGCUGACAGUUUCCUGAUUUCUGUAACUUUGACCUGGCCUUGUUUCCUCUACAAGAGAAGGGCACUGUUUUUAUUUUGUCUUGUGGGCUAGAGGCCUGCUGGACAAUUUAUGUUCAUUUCUUUGUUACUUGAAGAAGCAUGCACCAAAAACAUGAAGGGAGGUCAUGGAAUUUUUUUUAAUUCCAAUUCACCGGAAUAUAUGAAUUCUAAGUUUUUGUAAUCCCAUAUAUUCAUUGUCUUAUUGUCUUA